AUGAUCUGGCGGGCGGGGUGCGCUCGGCUGCUUGGUGGCUUCCUGCUUUUUACUCUGCUCGCCACCGGCGCCGCCCAGCUCAGCUGGGACCUCUCCGAGCCCCGCCACCGAGCCAGCAAGAUCCGCGUGCACCCGCGGGGUAACCUCUGGGCUACCGGUCACUUCAUGGGCAAGAAGAGCCUGGAGCCCCUCAGCCCCCUCCCGGGGGCUGCUCCCCACAUCUCCCUAAGGAACCAAAGACUGCAGCUGAGUCAUGAUCUACUCAGGAUCCUUCUGUUAAAGAAAGCCCUGGGCAUGAGCCUUGAUGGCCCAGGACCCCACACCCAGUACAGGAGGCUGCUGGUGCACACACUGCAGGAGUGA